AUGCGGCUGUGCGACAGCAAGCCCCCGGCGGCGCGGUGGCGCGGCGCGGCGCUGCUCGGCUCCCUGCUGCUGGCCGCGGCCCUGGCGCUGCGCAGCGCCACCCGGCCCUGCUCCGCCGCCCACCGCCGCUGCCGGCAGCGCCUCUACCCGUCGCUGGAGCUCUCCGCCGGCAGCAGGAUCAACUGCUCGGGGAUCGUCCGCGGGGACGAGAAAGCCAUCCAGGAAGCCCGGCUCAGCAACCUGGAAACUGCGAACAGAAGGGCUCGCCUGACGCCCGACGAGUACCUGAACAUGGCGAAGGACUGCGGCAGCUUCAGGGAGACCCGGCGUUUCAUUGAGUUCCCGCUGAGCCAGGAGGAGGCUGAGUUCCCCAUCGCCUACUCCAUGGUCAUCCACGACAAAAUCGAGAUGUUUGAGCGGCUCCUACGGUCCCUCUACGCCCCGCAGAACGUCUACUGCGUCCACAUUGAUGGAAAGUCCCCAGCUGCCUUCCAAGAGGCUGUGCGGGCCAUCGUAGCCUGCUUCCCCAAUGUCUUUGUGGCUAGCCGCCAGGAAAAGGUGGUCUAUGCCUCCUGGUCCCGGCUGCAGGCCGACCUCAACUGCAUGCAGGACCUGCUGGAGAGCCCCGUCCCCUGGAACUAUGUCCUCAAUACCUGUGGCGCCGAUUUCCCCAUCAAGACCAAUGCUGAGAUGGUCCGUGCCCUGAAGGUGCUGCAGGGGCGGAACAACAUGGAGUCAGAGAAGCCCACAGCCCCCAAAAAGGAGCGCUGGCAGUACCACUAUGAAGUAAGGAACUUCAUCUUCCGGACACCCACAGAGAAACCACCCCCACCUCAUAACUAUCCCAUGUUCUCGGGCAACGCAUACAUAGCGGUUACACGGGCCUUCGUGCGUCACAUCUUUGAGAGCCCCACAGUGCAGCAGUUCCUCGAGUGGGCCAAAGACACCUACAGCCCAGACGAGCACGUCUGGGCCACUCUCAACCGCAUGCCUGGCGUGCCAGGCAGCAUGCCUCAGAACGACAAGUUCCAGCUGUCGGACAUGAACGCCCUGCCUCGCCUAGUUAAGUGGCAGUAUCUGGAGGGCGACACCAGCAAGGGCGCUCCCUACCCGCCCUGCACCGGCCAGCACCAGCGCUCCGUCUGCAUCUAUGGGGUGGGCGACCUGUCCUGGAUGCUGCAGCAGCACCAUCUCUUGGCCAACAAGUUCGACCCCCUGGUAGACGAUGCCGCCAUCCAGUGCCUCGAGGAGCACUUGCGCCACAAGGCCCUCUACGGCCGUGGACUCUGAGGGGACGUCGAGGUUACCUGUCAGCACUUGCCUCCUUCCGUAGGCGAGUGCCGCCGGCGGUGCCUCGGCGCAGCGGCGUUUGGGAACGGGGUCACCCGCGCUGGCGGAGGGACCUUUGCUCCGGACGUGGGCGCCUCAGAUUUCCUCAGCUGGCGGCCGAGGGCACCAAUGGUGGGACGGGAGGCACGGGGGGGCCGCUGCGGCGGGGCUAGGCGAGGGCAACGCCGGCGGUGAAGGGCAGGAGGGCCCGUCCCCGUCUCGCGGACCUCGCGUCAGAGAUACCGUGCGGGUGCGGGCGCCCAGCCGGUAGCCCGGGCAGCUUUCCGACAGAUCGGCUUAAAGAAAUGGAGAGGGGAGUAGUAUCGGGUUUUUUCCUUCUCUUUCUACCGUCUGUUCGCAAAAGCGAGCCCAGGGCUCUUUGUUGUAGACGAGUAGAGCCAGGUCAGUGCUCACGGUGACUCCAGGUCCUGCCACAAGCAGAGCUAGAGCUGGAACUAAUUUGCUUUUCUACAAAGCACCUGCCAGGCCACCUGCUCCUGGCACCGGCUGCAUGGCUCAGCUUAACAGCUGGUUGCUGCUUUCUUAUCACGUUAAAGUUUACUUUCUGUCAAAAGAGCCAUUAGCCAUUAAAAAAAAUCGUUCAAUAAAAUCAAAUAUACUAACAUAGAUGGCUCAUUGGUAUUCUGUAUCCUGCAGUCCUCAGAGGAAAUCUGGUUGGGUGCUUUGGCAGAGCAACUAAACCAAUUAACCCCUCUGUACCCCAUUUUUCCAUCUGUAACACAGGGAGAGAGCUGCAGUUAGUGGUAAAGAGAGUGCAAACAUACGGUUUUCUAACAUCUUCCUCUUUCUCUUCCCCUGGAAAAGAGCUUUCUGUGAGGCAUGCUCUUGGUAAUGUAAUUGCCAUAUCCAGUAGUGUACCCUGCCUUUUAAGUAAAAAAGAAAAAAAUAAUCCAGCACAUCAUUUUCUUAAGUUUCUAUAUGCUGAAAGAAAAAUCUGUGAACUUCUGGAUUUCCUCUCCCUGCCUCCAAUAAAGCCAGCCACUUUCUAUAGAUCCAACAGCUUUUCACUACCUAUACUGCUGAGGAAUUAAUUUCAUUGUCUUCAUACUACCAAAAAAAUCUUCAAGUAUUUUUUUUCUUUUGUCAGUAAACACUCUCACCUUCACAAAUUGAAGAUCUCUGGUGGAGAUGCUGAUUAUACAAAGAACAUCUGAAGCCAUUCUAUAGCACAUUGUUUGACAUUUUAUAAUGAAUUUGGUUGUAAAAUGCUGAUUUUUAAGAUGCCAUGGUGUUUUCACAGCAAAUAUUGUUGGGAAAAACUCCAACUACUGGCAAGAGAAGCUCUCAAACAUAGAUAACCAAAGUAUCACUGGCCAUUUGUUUAUUCAAAAAAAAAAGCAAAUAAAGUAAUAGGAUUGCUGGCCCCCGUGAGAAACUUUUUGCAAUUUAUGUAAAUGCACAUUUACGACUACAGAGAUUAAAGCUUUAUGCAAAUCUGAUAGCAAUAUAUAAAACUCAAAAAUGGUUUCAGCAGCAAGUUCAACAUUAAAUAGCAAAUGUCUCCAUAUCUCAUACAUUCUUUCAGAACAAACAAAACCUCCUGGUCAACUCAGGGUAAGAACUCAAGUCACCCAACAUCUAACCACUGCUGCCUAAUCUGAUUUUGCUUGUUGGGACCCUUUCAUUUAAUUUAAUGUAUAUUAUCCCAAAGUGGU